AAGGAAAGGCCCCCAGAGAUACAAAGUUCCAUCCCCAUCUCUCUUUAGAACCGAACCAGAGUGGGAUUCUGCAGAGGAAGUGGACAGUGAUGGUUUGAUGAAACCUUUUUUUCUCCUUUCCUUGCAGACGCUGACCGGGAAAGAGAUAGAGAUAGACAUCGAACCGACGGACAAGGUGGAAAGAAUAAAAGAGCGGGUGGAAGAAAAGGAAGGCAUCCCGCCUCAACAGCAGCGACUCAUCUACAGCGGAAAGCAAAUGAACGAUGAGAAAACGGCCGCCGACUACAAGAUCCAGGGUGGCUCCGUCCUCCACUUGGUCCUAGCCUUGCGUGGAGGCCUGCGAUGAUGGUGCCCCUGGCCCUGCUGCACUACCCUCCUUUACUCAAAGCCCCCGGAUGUGAGUUAGCCUCACACACCCCCUCGAGUUGUCAUGGGAGGCCCGUUGGGUUCAAAUCCCAGAAGGGCUGCCUGGCAUCGCUGCCUCCCCACAUGUCUCUUUAUCUGCAAACUGUCAUUCUACAGGUUGGGGGGAGGAAUAUUUUGGGGGGACGGGGUGCUUUUUUUGAGUUAUGGGGGUGCAGCCUCCCUCUGGCCACACGUGGAUAAGGAGGCAUCUGCUGUUUCUCGCCACCCGGGUUCCAGCGGCCCUUUCCCCAUCAUCCCCGUCAUGUCGUGGCUAAUAAAUGUUCAAUAAACAUGUCACAAUC